CACGCAUAUAGAGGUCUAAAGCUUAACGCCUUUCGUAAGCUUUCGUAUCACACAAUGGGCCACUCGACGAAAUUACUCACGCCUACUCAAACCGUUGGAGACAUUUUCCACGACGAGCUUCGCCAGAACGUCUCCGCAAAGUUAACCAGCGUGCUCGCUCAGUCUGGCAUUGGUCCGAUCAUCCUAUGGGGAGAAUGGGCGUUGCUGUACUACGGCGUUCCGAUUUGCGAACAUCACAUGCAUUUACUUGUCCCUGAUGACCAACUCGAAGCUGCCUAUGAAGCCUUGUUGGCUGCUGGCUACGAGGACAGCCCGCCUGUUCUUCUUCCAAUGGUCACUUCUUCUGAUCCGAACAUCCAUUGGGAAGAGCUUGGGUGUCCGGCUCAUCAAGUCGUUGGCGAUCUACGCCACCGGAAGUCCCGAGUGAAGAUCCUCAUACAGGACUACUCCGCAGCUGCCGGGACAUUCGACGACGCGGAUCCCAGCUCAUUCGAGCAGUGUGCUGGGCUUGCUAUUCCGCCUUUGCCGCUUCUUGCAGAAUCUUUCUUGCGAGCCUACUUUCAAGUCCGGGGCUCCCACUCUAGAUUGUGCGACAUGCUUAGAGUGUGGAUCGCAUCGGUGAAGGAAUGCGGCUACUCGCCUUUGGGCGUUGACGCGAUGCGCGGUGUGCCGGGGAUUGACGAUGCGAUGGCAUUGUAUUGGGAGCGAGGUUACUAGGAUGGGAUGGAUGAGGUGCUCACGCUCUCACAGCAAGGAAGGUGACUCUGAUCGGCUGCUUCCAUCAAAAGCUAGUUGGAAGGUCUAGGAAAGAGACCAUGACCCCAGAGCUUCUGAGAUGUUCAUCCCAUCGCACCAUCAAUAGAUGUCCCGUUUUUGCCAGGGAAUGAGCCGACCACCAUCAUCAUCGUGAAUCUGGUCUACGUUGUCG